GCGUUUACGGCUUGCCAUAACGGGCUGCUAUAUCAUCCCUACUGGAGCGUCGCCGCGUUGCACGUUGCUAGUUAGUUGCAAUGUUGUAGCUAGUAGCACGGUAGUCAUUCCUUGGCUGGGAAAGAGACUCUGCGUUUGAAUUAAUCAAUCCUUAACCCUCAACUACUCGUAGCUUGACCCUCCAGCGGCUGUCAGCAGAGAUUUACCAACAACUCCGUCGCUGUCUAGUAGUCGUGUACUCCUCGCCCGUUAGCCUACCUACCUAACUUGCUAGCUAGCUAGCUCGUUAGCCACGUCUGACCGUUUCCUCCUCCCCGUUCCUGAGCGAGCUUUCUUCGGUCCGGCUGGGAGACCAUGGCGAUGAGGCAGACGCCGCUUACCUGCUCCGGGCACACCCGGCCUGUGGUUGACCUGGCCUUCAGUGGGAUUACCCCCUAUGGAUACUUCCUCAUCAGCGCCUGCAAAGAUGGCAAGCCCAUGUUGCGCCAGGGAGACACAGGGGACUGGAUCGGAACGUUUCUGGGUCACAAAGGCGCUGUCUGGGGAGCCACUCUGAACACGGACGCCACCAAGGCGGCCACUGCCGCUGCAGAUUUCACAGCGAAGGUGUGGGAUUCUGUAAGCGGAGACGAGGUCCUCUCACUGGCACACAAACACAUCGUCAAGUCUGUCAGCUUUACUCAGGACAGCAAUUUGCUGCUGACUGGAGGAAAUGACAAGCUGCUGCGUAUCUACGAUCUCAGCAAACCUGAAGCUGCCCCUCAGGAGAUUGCAGGUCACAGCUCAGCCAUAAAGAAAUCUCUGUGGUGCAACAACGACAGUCAGAUCCUCUCUGCUGCUGAUGAUAAAACUGUCAGGCUCUGGGACAGUAGAUCCAUGGAGGAGGUGAACACUCUGAAAUUUGACGCGUCUGUGAGCAGCAUGGAGUAUGUUGUCGAUGGGGAGAUACUGGUGAUAACGUACGGGAAGACCAUCGCUUUCUACAACGCUCUGAGCUUGGAUCCGAUUAAAAGUGUGGAGGCACCAGCUACCAUCAACUCGGCCUCCCUCCAUCCAGAGAAGGACUUCUUUGUGGCUGGUGGUGAGGACUUCAAGCUCUACAAGUUUGACUACAGCACUAAGGAAGAGUUAGAAUCCUAUAAAGGCCACUUUGGUCCGGUGCACUGUGUGCGCUUUAGUCCUGAUGGGGAGCUGUACGCCAGUGGCUCUGAGGACGGCACGCUCCGACUGUGGCAGACGGCGGUGGGGAAAACAUAUGGCCUGUGGAAGUGUGUUCUACCCGAGGACCUGGGAACAGAGAACUCUGAGCAGCUGUACAGCUCCACCCCUGAGAUCAAAGCCUGAGGACAGAGCGGCUGUGUUCUGGAAGCAGCUAAGGAAAAGGAGAAACGAAGAGGAGAUGAGCGUGAAAGGGUUGCUAUAGUGUCUUUUACCAGGCCAUAUCAAGAAACAGAGUCCAGAACAUCUCCAUCAGCCAGGAACUGAUGUUGGUAUUGUGACUGCUCUGUUUGUCAUUGACCAAUUAUCAUACACCCUUUUCUUUUUAAAGUCCUUCGAGGGCAGUUUGGGCUGCAGAGGAAAACAGUAGAGCUGUGAGUCGAGGCUCCCUGCUGCCUGCUUUCUCUCUGAUCAGCCACGUUCUGAAGACCUCAACUUCUUUUUAAAUUCCUUGUAUCAGCGCAAAGCCCAAAUGUUAAGAUGCUUGGUUCAGUUUUUGGUUUUCUAUUGAGCUUUUAAGAAGCUGGGCCACAGCAUUUGUUUUCAGUUCAUAGUUACAGGAAUACCAGAAGUAGUUGCACAGGUUGUGCUAAAGGCAAGGUGCUUUCAUUUCUCCCAACAGGAUGACUUUGAGUAUUUGCUGGUGUUUUACUGGUUCAGUCAUAUAAAAAAAGAAAAAAAGUGUCCAAAAUAAAAGAAAAUAUUGUUUUGUGAGGACAUGGAAAUGGAAGAAUUGUCACCGGGAUUUUCCAUGUUACUUUUUCAGUUGUGUCCAAUGUGAAAUAAAUUAACUUUGGUUUUAUUUCUAAGUAAUGCACAGA